AUGACACAAACACCGGAAACCCUCGAAAUCCUUCGAAAUCCCGAAUUUGUGUUCUACAAGGAUCGCAGCAUAUCGGUGAUCAUCGCCUGGCGAGGGCUGCAGUUUGUUAUGCUCUCGUGCGCCCUGGGAGCUGCCUGCCAAAAUAAAGGGCGAUUUCGCAACGAUUAUACCCACCUCUUUCUUCUCUGCGUGGGCGGUCUAAGUCUUGCCUCCUUCACUGUCGCGACCGCUCUGCAGGCAAACGUGCACUUCAGGUACUUCCAUCCGGAAUUUGAAGAAGGCAAGAAUCUGGGGGAUUUGUACGAUGACUACAUGGGGCUAGUUGCUUAUGGGAGGGAUUACAGGACGAUUGGCGCCGGAGUUUUGUUUGACUUAUGCCUUGUCCUUUCUAAUCUAACUGUGCUGUACGGCAGGCUUUCCCCCCGUGAUCGCCCUAGAUCCGCGUUUGUACCUGUCAUGAUGGGUCUGAGCUCUAUAGAGGAGAGCAUUCAAUCCUCAUACACACCUUGCGUUCCUUUCCUUUAUCCUCGCGACGAACCUAUCCCUCUCACUGCCAUACGAUUGUCUUUCGCGUUUUAUGUCGAGUCCCUCAACCCUUUCCAGGCAGUUAAAGUGGAGAUUUGGGCCAAGGCAGCGGUUGGCCACGCAAUAACAUCCUUGGUUCACAAUUGUGUUGCGGGGACGCUAGGCACUGGACAAGGUUAG